GUUUUUUAUUUUAGAUAUACAUAAUUAUAUGGAGGGCCCACUAUGUUUAUAGAUAUGUAAUGGUCGUGUUAUAUAUUAUAUAUCUUAUCUUGUUAUUUAUUGUAGAUGUACAUCAUUAUAUGGAGUGCCUACUAUGUUUAUAGAUAUGCUGAAUCAUCCUGACUUGAACAACUAUAACUUAUCUACCUUAUAUACUGGUUUAAUGGGUGGUUCUCCUUGCCCUAUAGAGGUCAUGAAAGAUGUCAUCACAAAGAUGAAUAUGACAGAGGUCAUUGCUGGCUAUGGUUUAACUGAAACAAGUCCCGUGACUUUUGUUGCUUAUCGAGAUAGUCCAAUAGAGAAGAGAUUAUCAACUGUUGGAUUACCUGGCAGUCAUGUUGAGGCUAAAGUUAUCAAUGAAAAUGGUGAUAUUGUUAGAACAGGUGUAUCUGGUGAACUAUGUACUAGAGGUUAUACAACAAUGUUAUGUUAUUGGGAAGAUCCUGAUAAAACAGCUGAAGUUAUUUCUCCAUCUCGCUGGUUUCAUACAGGAGAUAUAGCAGUAAUAGAUGACGAAGGUUAUUGUAAAAUAGUGGGUAGAAUUAAAGAUGUGAUUAUAAGAGGUGGUGAAAAUGUCUACCCUACAGAAAUAGAACAAAUUCUUUAUCAACAUCCUAAAGUUAAAGAUGUUCAAGUGGUUGGUGUACCUGAUAAACGACUAGGAGAGGAAAUUUGUGCUUGUAUAGAAUUAAAAUCAGGAGUUACUUCAACCGCUGAUGAAAUUAUUCAGUUUUGUCGGCAACAGCUGGCUAGAUUCAAUGUUCCAAAAUAUGUUGAAUUUGUUGACCACUAUCCAUUAACUGUUACUGGCAAAGUGAUAAAAUUUAAAAUCCGGGAGGAUAUGGUGCAAAAAUUGGGAUUGCAACAUAUUCACCCCCAUGAUGAAGGUAGAAUAUUCAAACUUGGUGCUGGUGGGCAGUAGGUAAAUGCUUUGACGCCAUUUGAUCAUGAACAUUUUUUGCUUAAAAUAAGCAGAGAUAUGUGAUUUGAGUGUGAAAAUAUUUUGAUUAGACUAAGCAGAGAUAAGCAGUUUGAUUUGGGACAUGGUAACUUUAAUUUAAAUUUGAUGAGAGUGAUGAAGCUCGUUAUAUGGAUACAGUAGGUACAUACUUUAUCAAAAAGCUUUUCAACCCUAUCUCUGUGUGUGAUAUGGGAAACAUUAAUGAUUUUUUUUUAACUUUUUGAAUGACAAAAGAACGGUAUCUGUGUAAAGACUAAAAAAAAUCAUAUUUUUCACAAAAGUUUAUUUUAAAAUAGCGAAUUUCAAGUUUUUAACUGCUAAAAGCCU